UCCAUUUCGCGCAUGUUGUUACAUUUUUGCUUUUGGAUUUUAAACGUCGCGACGCCAAGCGUCUACUUAGUUUUCAUCCACUCGUCGCCAAGAUAACUUACUGGCCAAGAAGUAAAGGGGAUGUUGCGUUAUUAUUUUUUAUUUAUUAAUUAUUGUUUGUAAUGGAGAAAGUUGAAACGACAGUUUACAUAAGUUCUUCUUUAGACUUUAAAACGCGAUUAAAAAAUUGGUGGACGCGCCUAAAACUAAAAGCAGCAUUGCAACAUAUAGGAUUGUUGAUUUUUUUAAUGGCUUAUACAGUUUGCGGAGGUUUGGUAUUUCGGAAAUUUGAGCAUCCCGCUGAAGUUACGAGAAGGGAUUUUUUUAGCAGCACCCUGUAUGAUAAGAGGCAGAUGUUGCUGCAGUCUUUUUUCAAUCAAACAUUGGAUUAUAACAGCCUAGACAAUUUGUUGUACGACUAUGAACAAGUUUUGGAAAAUUCCUUUUUGGCCGGAAUACCGCUACAUUUUCAAGAAGAAUUAGAUGUCAAAUGGACUAUUUUAAAGGCCGUAUUUUUCUCAUCCACUGUUUUAACAACUAUAGGAUUUGGAAAUAUUGUGCCGGUAACGACAGAGGGCAGGGCGUUUUGUAUAGUUUUCGCUCUCGUGGGAAUUCCACUAACAUUAACCGUAAUUGCAGAUUGGGGAAGAAUAUUUGCUUCUACCGUUUCUACAUUAAUGAAACACAUUCCCCCGUUGCCCAUGAAGUAUAGGAACGCAAUGGUGGCGAGGAGGACUUCAUCGUACGCUCUUUCGGCCGUUUGCUUUCUUUUCGUGUAUUUGGCUGCAGGAGCCGCCCUUUUCGUAAUAUGGGAGGAGGACUGGACUUUUUUCGAAGGAUUUUACUUUUGUUUCAUAACAAUGACCACCAUUGGCUUCGGGGAUUUCGUACCGAAGCAACCAAAGUACAUGCUGAUGUGCACCGUGUAUAUUUUAGUCGGAUUGGCUCUAACUUCGACGAUAAUCGAGCUGGUGCGAAGGCAAUAUGCACAGUCGUGGCGUCAGUUGAGAGCUUUGAGGGGGCCACUGGCGGAAAAUUUCCGGAAAUUCGCCGACAACGCGCCCGGACUCGACGUCAUGGCUUUCCAGCAGGACCUCAUGAAAGUGCUUACAGUGGUGUCUAUGCCAAAAAAGGGGACGAAAAAGGAGAAAAAAUACAAGCAAAAAGAAUGGGAAGAUGCCAUAGAAGCAGUGAUAAGGGACAUAACAGUCAGUUCGCCGCCUUUAGUGCAAAUUGUCAUAUACGAAAGUUCUGUUUAGCAAACAAUAUAAAAACACCAUUGUAAACCUUGCAUAUUUUAUUGAGAAUAAGGAUAGUAAAUAAAAUUGCCAAUUAAAACUUAA